AUGGUCCACUCUCACGGUCCAUGGUUUCCCUUCUCGAUAUCCUUAGAUCUACACCGUCCAUUUAGCGAGUUUAGGGUUUCCCGACCUACAACAAGAGAGCGGGUGAACGGGUUCUGCAUUCUUGGUCGUUCGCGGGGUGAAGGGGAGAGGAACGGAGGGAGACGAGUCCUACCCCACGAAAAAAUGACAAAGCGAACCAAGAAGGUCGGGAUUGUUGGAAAAUACGGCACAAGAUAUGGUGCCAGUCUGCGUAAGCAGAUUAAGAAAAUGGAAGUCAGUCAGCAUGCGAAGUACUUCUGUGAUUUCUGCGGCAAGUUUGCAGUGAAGAGGAAAGCAGUGGGUAUCUGGGGCUGCAAGGACUGUGGCAAGGUGAAAGCUGGGGGUGCUUAUACCCUGAACACUGCAAGUGCUGUGACAGUGAGGAGCACCAUCCGUCGGUUGAGGGAGCAGAUCGAGGUAUAAAAUCCGAGCGGACUGAUGUGGCGUAACGCACUUUUGCCUGCCUCUGGUGGAGUUCAAUUUGCUAUUCACAGACCCAGUGGGUUUUUGUUAGCCCUUUUAGUUAUUUUUUCUUUUUUUUUUUUUAACAAGAUUUGUUAAGAUGGGAAUGGCGGCGUGCCCGUAAUUUUGCCUGUAGACUGGGUGCAUCCAUUGGUUGAAAACUCUUUAAGCUAAUGCUUACUCUUUUGGGUUUUGUCUUC